AUGUCCCCUCCCACCAGGACGCAGGACACAGCACCAGAGAGCCCCAAGUCGUCUGGAUCCGGCCUGGUCCGCCAUUCGCCACGACCAGGCCAGACCAGCGGUCAGUGGUCAGCAGACAGAAACCAGGCGGCGACCGGCGGUCAUACUCUGUACAGCGAUUCGUACUGCCAUGUAAUUACGGGGGCGAAAAGUGCGCGCGCGGCUGGUUCCGCACUAUUCUGCCGCCGGCUCGUCGCCUGUUGGCCUGAUUGCCCCGUCACCGUCACCGGCCUGUUCUCUCCGCUUCUCCUCCUCCCCUCCGCCGACGUUGCGUUGCCUUCGACCAUCCUUCCAUCCUUCCAUCCUACCAACCUACCUCCCUACUUUCCGCUCGUCGAACCAUUCAUCCUCUCCUUCGAGCUCCUCACCACGCCACCUCCCUCCUACUUCGCCCGCUCGAAUCCCAAGGCAUCGCCGACGAGGAACUUGACAUCGUCGUCCCCGGAGGCCGACCUUUUCCAUCGUCCUGUGCAAGCUUGCCUCGCCGAUCCGCCUCGUACGUCGUGCUGCACCUCGUUCGAGCUCGAGCACACCGUAGGUGCUCCCUGGACAGCUCGACGACCCACUUCGAGCGGCAGCUCCAUCCGGCAACCUGGCAGCUUCGACGCUCCCUGCCUGAUCGAUCGAUCGGACCUACCGCCGUGCACGAGUCGGCUCUUUUGCUGGAUCCGACAUUCUCGCCGCGACUCCCUCGAAAGCUCCCCCGCGGCUUCGUUGGUUCAACGUCCACCACUUGACUGUUAUUCGCCUCGAUCGCCGGACUUGCCCUUGGCCGCAGCGCUCGCUCGGUUCGAAGCCACCACCGUCGAAGCACCGACGCCGAAGCCAUGGCCCCCAUCGACGACGAGCCGCCGCAGGUUCGCGACGUCAAGAACCAUCUCCUGUUUGAAAUCGCCACUGAGGUGGCCCACCGAGGCAUGCCCCCCCUCCCUUCGUCGUCGCGCUCGGCGCCGCCCAUCGCUGACCAGCCUCUCCCCAGUCGGCGGCAUCUACUCCGUUCUCAAGUCCAAGGCCCCCGUGACGACGGCCGAGUAUGGCGAUCGAUACACUCUCAUCGGGCCUUUGAAUCGCCAAUCCGCUGCGGUCGAGGUGGAGGAAAUGGAGCCGACGAAUCCCAACAUCGCCAUGACCAUGGCCGCCAUGAAGGAGCGCGGAAUCGACAUGGUCUACGGCCGUUGGCUCAUCGAGGGUGCCCCGAGAGUCAUCCUCAUCGACACCAAGACGGCCUACGGCUACAUGGACGAGUGGAAGGCGGACCUGUGGAACAUUGCCAGCAUCCCCUCCCCUCCCGGUGACGACGAGACCAACGAAGCCAUCGUCUUCGGCUACUUGGUCGCUUGGUUCCUCGGAGAGUUUGUCUGUCAUGAAAAGGAAAAGGCCGUCAUUGCCCACUUCCACGAAUGGCUCGCCGGUGUCGCCCUGCCUCUGUCCAAGAAGCGACGCAUCGACGUCACCACCAUCUUCACCACGCACGCCACCAUCCUCGGCCGUUACCUGUGCGCAGGCUCCGUCGACUUUUACAACAACCUGCAGCACUUCGACGUCGAUGCUGAGGCGGGAAAGCGUGGCAUCUACCACCGCUACUGCAUCGAGCGCGCCGCCGCCCACGCGUGCGACGUCUUCACCACCGUCUCCCACAUCACGGCCUUCGAGUCGGAGCACCUGCUCAAGCGCAAGCCGGAUGGCGUCGUCCCCAACGGCCUCAACGUGACCAAGUUCGCCGCCGUCCACGAGUUUCAGAACCUGCACCAGCAGGCCAAGGAAAAGAUCCACGACUUUGUGCGCGGUCACUUUUACGGCCACUACGACUUCGACGGCGACGACACCCUCUACCUCUUCACGGCCGGCCGGUACGAGUUCCGGAACAAGGGCGUCGACAUGUUCAUCGAGUCCCUGGCCCGCCUGAACCACCGGCUCAAGAGCUCGGGCAGCAAGACGACCGUCGUCGCCUUCAUCAUCAUGCCCGCCCAGACGACGUCGCUCACCGUCGAGGCCCUCAAGGGCCAGGCCGUCCUCAAGUCGCUGCGGGAGACGACGCACGUCAUCGAGCAGGCCAUCGGCCGCAGGCUCUUCGAGCGCUCCCUCAAGUGGCACGAGGGCGACCCGCUGCCCGACGAGAAGGAGCUCUUCUCCAGCCAGGACCGCGUCCUGCUGCGACGCCGCCUCUUCGCCAUGAAGCGCAGCGGCCUGCCGCCCGUCGUGACGCACAACAUGGCCAACGACCACGAGGACCCCAUCCUGAACCAGAUCCGACGCGUGCAGCUCUUCAACCACCCGACGGACCGCGUCAAGGUCAUCUUCCACCCCGAGUUCCUCAACUCGGCCAACCCCGUCCUGCCGCUCGACUACGACGACUUCGUGCGCGGCUGCCACCUCGGCGUCUUUCCUUCCUACUACGAGCCGUGGGGCUACACGCCGGCCGAGUGCACCGUCAUGGGCGUCCCGAGCAUCACGACCAACCUGUCCGGCUUCGGCUGCUACAUGGAGGAGCUGAUCGAGAACACGACCGACUACGGCAUCUACAUCGUCGACCGGCGAAGCAAGGGCGUCGACGACUCGGUGAACCAGCUGACGGGACACAUGUUUGACUUUUGCGCCAAGACGAGGCGUCAGCGCAUCAACCAGCGUAACCGCACCGAGCGUCUGAGCGAGCUGCUCGACUGGAAGCGCAUGGGCAUGGAGUACAUCAAGGCCCGCCAGCUGGCCCUCCGAAGGGCGUACCCGAAUUCCUACGGCCGCUUGGACGACGACGAGUCCGACUUCAUGCCGGGCGUCGAGCAGAAGAUCACCCGGCCAUUGUCCGUGCCGGGCUCGCCGCGGGACAAGAGCGGCAUGAUGACGCCGGGGGACUUUGCCAGCCUCCAGGAGGGCCGGGAGGGUCUGAGCACCGAGGAUUAUGUUGCCUGGAAGCUUCCAGACGAGGAGGACCCAGACGAAUACCCCUUCCCGCUCACGCUGAGAUCCAAGAAGCCGUCCGUCGGAGACGAAGCUCCUGGGGCCGUCAUGGAGCCUACGCUGAACGGCAACUGA